AUGGGUAGCGAAAGUGUGGAAAAGUAUUCUUUGGGGGCGUUUGUCUUGAGUGUCGAUGCUCGAAUCAUGCAAGUCGGUAGACAAAACGACAUAAGUUUUGGUUCAGUGGAUAAACCUUCUGACAGCGAAGUAAAUGAAAGCGAUGAAAGUGGCCCCGUGCUGACUGAGUAUUGGAGACCAACUGGCAAAUUGAGCGUCGGUCGCAGUAGAAGUGGUUUCCCUGAUUGUAAAUACGAUCAUUUGGUUCAACUGUUGGUCAGUAAAAAUAAGGACACGAGAGAAGCUCUUGACAUCACAAAUAAUUACAAAAUAAACAUGACGGUAACUUACAAUGGAACCAAUGAUGGCAGCUUUCAAAUGCCCGAUUAUCAGUGUAAACGCCUCAAAACUCAAACCCGAUGUGGUGUGAAGCGAUCAAUGGUGGGGGUUGUUGGCUUCCUGUUUCGUUUUCACGAGCCUAACACAAAAUACAAGAUCAUCUUUACCCUCCUUACGGCGCCAUCGAAAAGGGGAGGGAAAAGGAAUGUUACCAGAGAAAGUGACGCUUGUAAAAAACUCAGCGAAAUUUCAAUCAUGUUAGAAACGGGAGAAAAAUCAAAAUGGAGAUCAGUUAAGCCCAGUGAAAAGACGGAAGUGCGCAAAAUACCACCUUUAUUUGCAUUGGAACCAGCUUCUUUGUCCAAGACGAGUGCUGAACUGGUUGAACGAUCCGUUUCGGUGGUGAAUCAACUACAGUCGCUCCGCAAUGAUGGAAAGUGGGACGAUUUUGACAAAUUAUCGAGCGAUCUUCUCCUUAAAUGGUCUGACAUCGACUCGCAAAUUAUAAUUAAACUGGAACAGAGCGUGGGAGCUCUUUACAGAAAAGAUUUUGAAGGCUCUCUAAAGUUUAUCGACGAAUCAUUUGAGUUGAUCCCACACGCCAUAAACGUACCGUUUUUAGCUGGCAGAGGCUAUGGCUACCGUGCAGGGGUCGCGAGAAGACAGAAGAAUUUAGGCGAGGCUGUUAGCCUUUUGCAUCUGGCCGAGCAAAACAAUCGUGCGUGUCCCAUAAACCUCGACACGAGCAACAUCGCAUACGAGAAGGCAAGUGUUCUUCUCGAUUUCAUUGGUCUCUCACCCCAGAAAAGUCUUAAACAAGUGAGAGAAGCUUUGGGUAAUCUUGAAAAGUGCAUAGAUGUCUGCAUGAAAAUGGAAAUAGAAGACAACGACCUUAGUCGCUUCGCGUUCAUCAAAAUUGCCAUGCUGUUGCUUGAUUGUCGAACGGAUGCCUCUCGCGAACGAGUUCUUAGCGACGAGUUCAUAAAGAAAAGCCAAGAAUGUUUAGUCAGGUUGCAGGAAGCCAAAUACUGGUCAGAGAUCGCCGAGGGAGCUAAGGUUCAGUUUUACCUGGCUAGCUCCGAUCUUGAAUAUCGUAGAGGGAACUUUGUGGAGGCAGAGACGUUUGCUUGUUUAGCGAGGGACAUGGCGGAAGAUUUGGGUUUUACUACCGAGAUUUCUCUGGCGCAGGAACGUCUCGAUCACUCUCGUGUUAUUGCAAUCGGCGGAAGGACUGGAAACGACUUCCGGCCAUUUACAUCAUCAUUUGUCAGCGCGAGUGAAGGAGAAAAUGGUGACGUCAGCUCAUCAGGAUCAGAAUCUGAUUGGCUGAAGAGUUUAGAGUAA